GGUCAACCCUGCCAGAAAGUACUUUUCCCAUCGCUCGCCUUGAUGCGCUCAUAGUAUUUUCGAAUAGUGAUACUUUCAUUAGAGUCCCCGUAAAUAUCCAGUAGUGGGUCGGUGAAUUACUCGUACUUAACACUAUGGUGAAUGCUAGUUUAGCUUACGAAAUCCUCAUGUAUUUAAAUUCAUUUUACUUCGGAAUGUUCGCUGCCUGCGAGCUGGGGAUCGGUGUUCUAAAGGCUAUCAACUUACAAUAUACUCAAAGUGUUUUAAUACGGGAAUCAUGUCUUCUGGUGGUGCUUUGCUUGUUAGAAACAAUUCGGAUAGUUCUAGGGAGAAGGGGGAGUCUGAGCGACCGCGGAUGGCAGGUUCUUACAUCAGUUGUCCUAUCGUUGCCGUGCGCUUGUGGUGUGGGAUAUUUUUUAAUUUUCCAGACAUAUAUCCUGAGAUUAGAAUAUAUAUUAUGUGCCUUAAUGCUGGCCCUCCACACAACAGAAAUAGUGUUUUCUGUUAUGUUCAUUUGCACACUGUGUCGCCCUGUGACGUAUACCUAGCGGUUCCUGAAACAUUCGAGAGGCCAUCUGAAAUGUCAAUGACACAGAAAAAGGGAAUCAACAAGCUACCUGGAACUUUCGACUUACAUUACAAUGCAAUAUGACCAGAUUCUUUUUGAUAAGAAAAUAAAGUUUACACAGCCGACAUUUCAAAUCAACUCUACAACUUUUCAUAAAAGUAUCUAGUCAAAAUGAAUCAAAUAUAAUAAUUUAUUGUCGAGUUUUUGCUCCUCUUGUUUUAUAUUAAAGUGUUCGUAUUUUAUACUAGUCAUUGUAAUUUAAUCAAUCGUAAAGAAUCGUUCGUGUAUUAUUAAGUCCAACAUUUGUAUUAUCAUAUUCAAAAUCACAAUCAAAUCAUGUUCAAAAAAUUUGCAAAUAAAAUGCCUAUUGCACAAA